AUGGCCAUAAAAAAAAAAAAGAAAGAGACAAAAUCCAAAGAUAAUAAUAAUAAUGAUAAUCUUAGAAAUGAAAAAAAAUCAACAAACUUAGAAAAUGGAAAGUAUGAUAAAAAGAAAGUAGAAAUAUACGAACAUGGGGUAGGUGGUAUCACACAAAAUAAGAAUGAUAAUCAUAAAGAGAAUCCUUAUGAUGAUCAUAUUUAUCAUGAUAAAUCAGAACACAUAAAUGUUAAAUAUUUAAAUGAAAAAGAUUAUGAAAUUGAAAAAGUGUCUAAAAGAAUUUAUGAAGAAAAUAGUAAAAUAAAAAAAAUCUCUUUACAUCAUAAAAUAUUAAAAGAAGAACUUGAAACAAAACAAUUAAUUGAACAAAACGACAAAAAGAAAAAAAAUUCAUUAGAUUAUUAUAAGAAAGUCAUAAUUAAACUAAAAAAUAAUAUUAAUAAUAUGGAAGAAUAUACAAACAAUAUAACAAAUGAUAUUAAUAUACUAAAAGCACAUAUAGAUGAUGAAAGAAACGAAAGAAUUAUAUAUAAUAAUAAUAUGAAAAUAUUAAUAAACGAAUAUAAUUCUUUAAAAAAAAAUAUACAAGAUUUAAACAUGCAAGAAAAAGAACAACAUAAAUUUAAUGCAAAAUUAAAAGAAGAACUAAAGGAAUUGUAUAAAGAGAAAGAAAAUAUGGAGAAAAAACACAGAGAAGAUUUUAAAAAGUUACAACAAAAAAUUAAAGAACAAAAAAUAUUAUCUUACGAAAAUAAAAUAAAUGAUCUUACAAAAGAAAAAGAUAAAAAUAAAAUGGAAAAUCAGGAAGUAAAUAAAUAUGAAGACAAACAUAAUAAUAAUAUAUGUAAUGAUAACAAUAUAUGUAAUGAUAAUAAUAUACAUAAUGAUAAAAAUAUACAUAAUGAUAACAAUAUUAUUCUUAGUAAUAAUAAAAUAACCGAAAAAGACAAUAUGAUCAAUAUAUUAAACUAUUAUGAAGAUGAAAAGAAGAAACAACUACAAAACAAAAUUGUAAUGUUAAAAAAAUUGUGUCUUCGAAUAUUAUUCAUAAAUGAAUACCAAAUAUAUAAUAUUAAAAAACUUCAAGAAAAUAUAAAUAAUAUGAAUAAUGCUAUAAACUCUAUAAAUUUAAUAAGUUAUAACAAAGGAGAUUUUGAUCAUAUUAUUAUUAAUUUAAAUGCUUCUAAAGAAAAAAAUUAUAGUCUUAUAUCUAGAAUAAAUUUAUUAAAUUAUGAAACCAAUGUUUUAAAACAAUUAAUUAAAAAAAUGAAAGAAAAAUUCAAACAUCUAAAUUUACAAAAUGAUGAAAUCAUUAAUCUUAAAUAUGAUAUCUCAAAUAAUAUGAAUGAAAAAAUGAAACAUAUAAAAACAUCUUUACUCACAAAUCAAGAAACAUGUAAUCUUAAAAAAAAAUGUUUCCAUGAUUGUCUUCUAUAUUUAAAACAAUUAUAUACAUUUAUUAAAAAAUACGAAAAUAAUAAUGAUAAAUUAAAUAUCAAAAGUCAAAUCAUAAAUAAAGAUAAAAACUUACAUUUUAAUUAUAUACAUAAAUAUAAUGAAGAUAUAUUAGUAGACGAAAAUUAUAUUAAUGACUUUUUAAUUUUUAUAGAAAAAUAUAUUUAUUCCCUUAAUUUCUACUUACCAACACAAAACUUUAAUUAUAAAAAGUAUUUAUUACAUAACCGAAGUAUACAUAAUAUAACCUUGGAUACUCACGCAUCCUCAAAAGAAUACCUCCAUAAGGAGGAUAGUUCUGAAUUUAACCAACAUGGUCAUAAUUUAUUACGAGAUUCUUUAAAUUUAAAUGAACAAGAGGGAAACAACGACCACCUUCAACAUGCACAGCAUACCUAUGAGGAAGACCCAAAAGAUGAAAGUGGUGAUAUGGUAAAUAUAAAAGAUGAAAGUGGUGACAUGGUAAAUAUAAAAGAUGAAAGCGGUGACAUGGUAAAUAUAAAAGAUGAAAGUGGUGACAUGGUAAAUAUAAAAGAUACAAGUGGUGACAUGGAAAAUAUAAAAGAUACAAGUGGUGGCAUGGUAAAUAUAAAAGAUGCAAGUGAUCAUAUGGUAAAUAUAGAAGAUAUAAGUGGUGAUAUGGAAAAUAUAAAAGAUACAAGUGGUGAUAUGGAAAAUAUAAAAGAUACAAGUGGUGAUAUGGAAAAUAUGAAGGAUCUAAAUGAUGACAUCAAAAAUGUGAAGGAUCCAAACGAUGACAUAAAAAAUGUAAAGGAACCAAACGAUGACAUCAAAAAUGUGAAGGAUCCAAACGAUGACAUAAAAAAUGUAAAGGAACCAAAUGAUGACAUCAAAAAUGUGAAGGAACCAAAUGAUGACAUCCAAAUUUUGAAGGAUCCAAACGAUGAUAUAUCCACUAUAAACAACCUGACCACCCAUCUUUCUAACGAAAACAAUUUGAUGACUGAUCUUCCUAAAGUAGACCAUAAGAUAAAAGAUGAAAUUCAAAGUGAACAUAUAUUGGAGAAUACAAAUAUAAGUGAUGAUAAUAUAAAUAAAGAAAAUUCAUUAAAAAUACCUUUAAAUUAUGAUCAUACACAAGAAAACAUUUUAAAGAAUAAAAAUAAUAUGGAAGAUCAAAAUAAUUUGCUUGAACAAAAUAUUAUGAGAGAUCAAUUACAGAACCAUAAAGAAUGUGAAGAAUUUAAACCACAUGAUAACAAAGAAAAAAAUAAUAUAAUAAAUGAUGAUACAAAAAAUAUAAUAAAUGAUGAUACAAAAAAUAUAAUAAGUGAUGAUACAAAAAAUAUAAUAAGUGAUGAUACAAAAAAUAUAAUAAGUGAUGAUACAAAAAAUAUAAUAAGUGGUGAUACAAAAAAUAUAAUAAAUGAUGAUAACAAUAAACCUUAUAACGAGGAUCAUAAUAUUGUUACCAUUAACGAUGAAAAAGCAAAUUAUAUAUUAAACCAUUUUAAUUCUCGUAAUAUCGAAUAUGAUAAAUUAAAAGAAGAAAUACCUAAUGAACUUUUAAAUAUUAAAUAUGACUCUUCCAAAAAAAGUACAAUAAGUACAAAUUAA